CCUCCGUUACCGCGCGCGUUCCCGUCCCUGCACCCGGCAGGGCAUGAAAGCACGGAGCCUCCGGAGCUCCAUCACGGACUGAAGGCGGAGGUGAAAAAGAAGAGAGAGAGGGAGAAAAGGAGAGAAGAGAAAGACCGCGCCAUUCCUCUGGACCUCGUUUGGUUGAGACAUGCCAGUUCCAGACCAGCCAGCCGAAGCUGAGAAUCCUGCCAUGCUGAGCCCAGGGCUGAACGCCUCCAACGGGGACAAAGCAGAAACAGAGACCACCUCUGCCAUCCUGGCCUCAGUUAAAGAGCAGGAGUUGCAGUUUGAAAGACUGACUCGAGAGCUGGAGGCUGAGCGUCAAAUAGUUGCCACCCAGCUAGAGCGAUGCAAACUGGGAUCUGAGACUGGCGGCAGCAUGAGCAGCAUAAGUUCAGCAGAUGAACAUCUUCGCUGGAACACUGAAGAUGGACAGAAAGACAUAGAGGAUGAACUGAACACUGGGCUGGAGCUUGUGGACUCGUGCAUCAGAUCCUUGCAGGAAUCUGGUAUACUGGACCACCAAGAAUACACCACAACUGACCGACUGCUCUCUCAGAGCUCGCUGCAGCUCGGCUCCAACCCGGAGGGCUCCCUUCAGUACUCCGCUGGCUACCAUAGCAACCAGCCCCUGGCCUUGAACGACGGCUCUUCUUCAUCGGCCUCUCCCCAGAACCAGCCUCCGCAGCCUCCAGUGCGGUCCAGCGGUCAGCCAGGAGGAGCCGUCCACACCUACAACCAGGUGACGUCCAGCCGCGCUGCGCUGCUGGCCGUGGGGGACCCGGCUCAGCCGCAGAGCCAUGGCAGCGUCCUGCAGCAUCUGUCCGAACCUCAACAGCAGCCGUGUCCAGCCCCGGGCCCGGGCCUCUAUUACCCCAGCUCCACGCUGCCUGGCCCGCGUGUCAGCUCUCCCCUGAGCUCCAUGCAGUCUGCCGCAGCCAGUGCAGGCUCGCCCACCAAGCACCAGCGCCUGCCGUCCUCUUCCUCCUCUGCCUCACCCAAGCCUUCUCCUGGCCGGCUCGCCAAAUCCUACAGCAGCAGCUCGCCCAUCAACGCAGCGGGCACUGGGGGCUCAGCCUCUGGCUCGCCCCUGCGUCUGGCAUCCCCGCCCAACAACGCCUCCCCUCUCCAUCACCAGCUUAGUGUGGGCAGCUAUGCCACUCUCUCACCCACCAAGCGACUAGUGCACUCCUCCGAGCAGUACAAGAUUUCCCACGACCUGUACGCUACCGCUACUCUGCAGAGACCUGGCAGCCUUGCCGGAUCUCGGGGCUCGUACAGCAGCCAGCACAGCCACCUGGGCCCUGAGCUGAGGCCCCUGCAGUCCCCCGAGCACCACAUUGAGCCCAUCUAUGAGGACAGGGUCUACCAGAAAGCACAGAUGAGAAGCCUGAGUCAGAGUCAGGGGGAACCCCUUCCCCCAGGGCACACUGGGACAUACCGUACCAACACAGCCCCGUCCUCCCCCGGUGUUGACUCCGUACCCUUGCAGCGAACAGGAAGUCAGAAUGCCACUGGGACGUACCCGCGGGGCGGCUACACGUCCGGCCCAGCCGCCAACUACGCUGACCCCUACCGGACCCUGCAGUACUGCUCUUCCGUGGAGUCUCCCUACAGCAAGUCCGGCCCUGCCCUGCCUCCAGAGGGCAACCUGGCCCGUUCUCCCUCCAUUGACAGCAUCCAGAAGGACCCCAGGGAGUUUGGUUGGAGAGAUCCUGAGCUGCCUGAAGUUAUUCAGAUGCUGCAGCAUCAGUUCCCCUCGGUUCAAUCCAAUGCUGCUGCGUACCUCCAGCACCUGUGCUUCGGAGACAACAAGAUUAAAGCGGAGAUCCGAAGGCAGGGGGGUAUCCCGUUGCUGGUGGACCUGUUGGACCACAGGAUGGCCGAGGUGCACCGGAGCGCUUGUGGAGCUCUGAGGAACUUGGUCUACGGCAAGGCUAACGAUGAUAACAAGAUUGCCCUGAAGAACUGUGGAGGCAUCCCUGCACUGGUCCGCCUGCUGCGCAAGACCUCAGACGUGGACAUCAGAGAGCUUGUCACAGGGGUGCUGUGGAACCUGUCCUCGUGUGACGCUUUGAAGAUGCCCAUCAUUCAGGAUGCUCUGGCCGUUCUGACCAACACGGUCAUCAUCCCUCUGUCUGCCUGGGAUGUCUCUCCUCACCAGGAAGAUCGCAAGCUGCAGAUGCACACAUCCCAGGUCCUCCGUAAUGCCACUGGUUGCCUGAGAAACGUGAGCUCGGCAGGGGAGGAGGCGCGGAGGCGGAUGAGAGAGUGUGAGGGGCUGACUGACGCUCUACUUUUUGUCAUCCAGACUGCACUGGGGAGCACUGAGAUUGAUAGCAAGACCAUAGAAAACUGUGUGUGUAUCUUGAGGAACCUCUCAUAUCGACUCGCAGCAGAAACUUCUCAGGGACAGCAGAUGGGCACAGAUGAGUUAGACGGCCUGCUAUGCAGUGAUGCCAACGGCAAAGAUGGAGAGAGUUCGGGCUGCUGGGGAAAGAAGAAGAAGAAAAAGAAGUCCCAGGAUCAGUGGGAUGGUGUUGGCCCUCUCCCGGACACGUCAGAGCCCCCCAAAGGGAUCCAGAUGUUAUGGCACCCCUCCAUAGUGAAGCCCUACCUCACCCUGCUGUCUGAAUGCUCCAACCCGGACACGCUGGAGGGAGCAGCUGGGGCAUUGCAGAACCUGGCUGCCGGGAGCUGGAAGUGGUCAGUCUAUAUCCGUGCAGCGGUGAGGAAAGAGAAGGGUCUCCCCAUUCUUGUCGAGCUCUUGAGGAUAGACAACGACCGGGUGGUGUGUGCAGUGGCUACAGCAUUACGAAACAUGGCCUUAGAUGUGAGAAAUAAAGAGUUAAUUGGAAAGUAUGCAAUGCGGGAUUUGGUCCAUCGCCUGCCGGGUGGCAACAACGCUAGCAGCAGUGGUGGUACUGCCAACAGCACCGCGAGCAAAACCAUGUCAGAUGACACGGUGACUGCUAUCUGCUGCGCCCUGCACGAGGUCAUCACCAAGAACAUGGAGAAUGCCAAGGCCCUGCGAGAUGCCGGCGGGAUCGAGAAGCUCAUCGGUAUCGCCAGGAGCAAAGGAGAUAAACAUUCACCAAAGGUGGUGAAAGCAGCAUCUCAGGUCCUCAGCAGCAUGUGGCAGUACAGGGAUCUGCGCAGCCUUUACAAGAAGGAUGGCUACUCACAGUAUCACUUUGUUGGCUCUGCCUCAACAAUAGAGAGGGACAGACAAAGACCUUAUUCUUCCUCCCGCACACCCUCCAUCUCUCCGGUUCGGACCUCCCCCAACAAUCGAUCAGCGAGCGCCCCCGCCUCACCCAGAGAGAUGAUCAGCCUCAAGGAGAGGAAGACAGACUAUGAGUCCACUGGAACCAAUGCUAGUUUCCAUGGAAACAAAGGCGAGCACACAUCCAGGAAAGACGCCAUGGCAGUGCAAGUCUCCUGUGGAACCUCCACUCUGUUCCGCAACUCGUAUGUGACUCCAAAUGAAGAGAUCAAACACAACCAGGUCCCAGUGAAUCCAGCUGCACAGGAGAGUGUGCGCAAGGACUAUGAGGCACUUCCUCCCUUUCAGAAUUCAACAAGGAACUUUGAGGAGCCCUUUUUCGAGGACGCCGUCCAUCGCCCCGCUCCCACCACCGAUCUCAGUAUGCAUCUGGGACUUAAGUCCACCGGCAAUUACGUGGACUUCUACUCCGCUGCCCGUCCCUAUAGUGAACUCAACUAUGAGACGAGUCAUUACCCGGCCUCACCCGACUCCUGGGUGUAGGACUCGGUGACCCCCUGACGGAUGGGGGGGGCACUUGCGGAAAGGCUGGAAAACUGUGCAUGUGCAUGAAUACCACUAAACAUUUCUUCAGCGAGUUUUUUUACUUGUCCAAAAAAAGCUGGUUCUGCAGGAGAGCGUGGGAUUGAGGAAGUGACAGGCACAGUGGCAGGGAGGCAAAAGAAAAGAAUGUUUAGAGCAGUGGUCACUAACGCUGCUCCUGGAGAUCUACCUUCCUGUAAAACUCGGCUCCAGCCCAAAUCUAACACAUCUGACCUAACUAAUUAAGAAGACUGAUUGUCUGGAUCAGAUGUGUUCAAUCAGGGUUGGACAUGAAGUCUUCAGGAAGGUAGAUCUCCAGGAGCAGGGUUAUUACCACUGGCUUAGAGUGAGAAAGGUGAAAGAAAGAAUCCAAAAAAGAUGACAAGGGCAGUUGAAGGGGAAGGCAGAAGUUUGGCCUUUAGAACAGGGAGAAGCUUUACUGAAAGGGUUUUGCAAAGUCGUAGGUAGGAAACUAAAAAGUACAGUUGAUAAGAGGAAGGAUAAGUAAAGGAAAAUGAGUUUGGAAAGAGAUUUGGGAACAGCUUUCCACUUUUUGUUUCUGUUUUCUUCCAUCACUUCAUUGUGACUCAUCUUGAUUUUUGCCGAAUGUCAUUGCAUAUUAGAUUUUUCCAGCCUUUUUAUCUAUUUUUUUUUCCUUUUCUUUUUGUACUUUUUUUAUUUGUCAAUGUAAAGUAUUUGGUGUACAUUACAGAGAUACGAGUACAUUGUGUACAUUACACUGCUGCCACUCGGAGCCUCCAGUGGCUUCGGGUUUUGUUUUACGGUACUUAAAAAGA